CUGCCCUAGACCUGAAGAGAAACAGAAUGUCUUGAAUUGCUUUAAAGUACCCCUCAGAAUGCAUCUCAAGUGCAACAAUCUGCGCUGCCGCUCCACCAUCCAGAAAUACAUUCUAAUCACGCCAUGCUCACACGUAUACUGUGAGACGUGCUCACCAAAAAUAGAGAAUAUGCAGAUCUGUGUGGCAUGCAAAACUAUGGUAAGAAAGGAUGAGCUACUUGUACGUGAGCUGACAAAGCCACCUUCAAUCGUUGGCUAUCCGCCAGAUGAUGUCUUGGAGUGCGCGCGUGAUGCCAUAUCAUUCUGGAUGUAUCAGGCGCAGCAACAGGAAUACAUAAUGAAAACUAUGUUAGAAAAGGCGCAUUCUGACGCAUAUAAGGCGGUGCAACACCUCAAAACGUGUAAAUUGAGCGCAGCGAUUGAAAAAGAGAAUAUGAAGAGUUGUAUCAAGAAAUUGGAAAAUAGUUUGAAGCGGGAAAAAGAGAAUGUGUAUGAUCUAAACAUGAUGCUUAGGGAGAAAACAGACGAGUAUAAAAAACUGUUAGUGCGAAAGGAGCGAAAGACUAUAAAUAGAGGAAGUUAUGAGAGUACGUACGAGGAGUAAUAAAAGUAUAACAGAAAUACCGUGUAUUUGAGAGUAUUUAUUGACCAUACAUCGUAACAAAUGGUCCAUUAAAGUCAUCUCAAGUAAGAAAAAUCCAACGAGCAAUUCAUCGAACCUAAGUUGUAAAAACUAAUCUCACGUAUAAAUCGUCAUAGAUGAUAACCCACAAGCACGUCGUACUAAAUUAUAAACCAAUUCAUCGCACCAUUCCCAAUAGAAACCAUUAAAUUGC